UAGUUGCCUUCGUUUCCUUCUCUCCGUUUCGAAUGCUUCCACUGAUUGUGGUGUGUCAGUUCGAUAUUCUCAGAUCGGACUAUCAGUGUGCGUAUUAGGUUCCAGUGUUGGAUUCUCAUCCUUUUCGGGAAAAAUUCGAUUCCAGCUAAAUCGCGUAGACGUUCUCGAUGCCUUGCGGGAGCUGCAUGAGAAUGGAAAAAAGGAGUUUAUCGGAAUUGAUAAUAUGAUUAAGAAAACUCUCUCUUUUUUCAUCACCGAGAAACAUGAAAAGCUUGAUUUGGUUAACAGCAGAAGAAGCCGCGAAAAACAGGGGACGGGUUCUUUCGCUGUACCGCCAAAUACUGAGGAGCCUCAACUCCCCGAAACUGCAGCUCAGUUACGCAUCGAGGCUCGCAAAAAAAGCCGAGGCUAGAACCAUCUUCCUGUUCGGAGCCGAGGAGAUAUCCAAACACAACAUCGCCGACCUUAUCGACACGGCGGAGUAUGCUCUUUCCCAGCUGAAACAGGGUAAGAUCCCUAAGAACACCACUCAGUAUUGAGGUAGUAAAUGAGCUUGCCUUUGUCUCUCUCACUUGCAAUCGACUUGGGUUAGGGUUAGGUUUUUCAGACUGUGGUCUGGUUUCGAGUUAGAGAUACUGUUAUAAGUGGUCUGAGCCGAACUGAAAACCGAACUGAAUUCAGCUCAGAUCAGUUUGUAACUUGCGUAUCUGUUCGGUUUCGCCCUGCCCUAGACUAUGAAGCAGCUGUCCCCAUUUGCAAGAACUCAAAUCAUUGGCAAUAGCAAUCUUUUCUUCUUCUUU